AUGAAGUUCUCUGCUGCUUUCGUUGCUUUCGUUGCCGGUGCUGUUUCCUUUGUUAAUGCCCAACAGUCCGAUGCCGGUAUUUUCUUCACCCAUCCCGUCCUCGGUUCCAACUUUGCUGCUAAUACAGCUCAAAACAUCACAUGGACUGUCAUCAACCCAGCCGCUACGAAUAUUACCAACAUUGAAUUGAGAAAGGGCAAUGCUGAGAACUUGGACUUUGUUCAAAACAUUAGUAACGAAGAGAUUCCCGUCUCGAGAGGUUUCUAUCAAUGGGUCGUUCCUCAAAACUUGACUACCGAUACUUCUUACGCCAUUAUUGCUAAGAACCAACAAGGCGGUGCUACUUAUUCUGCAUACUUCACUAUUCUCGCUACUCCCCCAGGUCUUAAUCCUCCUGUUUCUGACCCUUCUCCUGCUCCUGCUCCUGCUCCUGCUCCUGCUGCUGCUGCCUCUUCUGCUGCCUCUUCUGCUUAA